GAUCCGAGCGGUUAAAGGUCUCUAUUGGAGGUCCCAUCAAGUUUUGCAACAAUGGCUCAUUCAAAAGCCAAAGCCAAUGAUGGGAAAAUCACGUAUCCCCCUGGGGUGAAAGAAAUUUCAGACAAAAUCUCUAAAGAAGAGAUGGUGAGACGAUUGAAGAUGGUUGUGAAGACCUUCAUGGAUAUGGAUCAAGAUUCUGAAGAGGAAAAAGAACAAUAUCUUAAUCUUGCACUACACUUGGCAUCUGACUUCUUUCUCAAACAUCCUGAUAAAGAUGUGCGUUUGCUUGUAGCAUGUUGCCUGGCAGAUAUAUUCAGGAUUUAUGCUCCAGAAGCUCCAUAUACGUCUCCGGAUAAAUUAAAGGAUAUUUUUAUGUUCAUAACCAGACAGCUCAAGGGGCUCGAAGAUACGAAGAGUCCUCAGUUUAAUAGAUAUUUCUAUUUACUUGAGAACAUUGCAUGGGUCAAGUCAUACAACAUAUGUUUUGAAUUAGAGGACAGUAAUGAAAUCUUCACCCAACUUUACAGAACUCUGUUCUCCGUUAUUAACAAUGGCCAUAAUCAGAAAGUUCACAUGCAUAUGGUGGACCUGAUGAGCUCUAUAGUCAGUGAAGGAGACACAGUUUCUCAGGAGUUAUUGGAUACUGUUCUAGUAAACUUGGUUCCUGCACACAAGAAUUUGAACAAACAAGCCUAUGACCUGGCUAAAGCAUUGCUGAAGAGAACAGCUCAAGCUAUAGAACCAUACAUCACAAAUUUUUUCAACCAGGUUCUCAUGCUUGGCAAGACUUCUAUUAGCGAUUUAUCCGAACAUGUCUUCGAUCUGAUUCUGGAGUUGUACAAUAUAGAUAGCCAUUUGCUCUUGUCUGUUUUACCUCAGCUGGAGUUCAAACUCAAGAGUAACGAUAAUGAGGAGCGCCUGCAGGUGGUCAGACUUUUGGCAAAGAUGUUUGGGGCAAAGGAUUCAGAGCUGGCAUCUCAGAACAAACCUCUUUGGCAGUGCUACCUGGGAAGGUUUAAUGACAUACAUGUACCCAUUCGUCUGGAAUGUGUGAAGUUCGCCAGUCAUUGUUUAAUGAACCACCCAGAUCUUGCAAAGGAUUUAACAGACUACCUUAAAGUGAGAUCCCAUGAUCCAGAAGAAGCAAUUAGGCAUGAUGUUAUAGUGUCUAUAGUUACUGCUGCAAAGAAAGACCUUCUACUUGUCAAUGACCACCUACUUAAUUUUGUACGUGAGAGAACAUUGGACAAACGGUGGAGAGUACGAAAAGAAGCAAUGAUGGGUCUUGCUCAAAUCUACAAGAAGUAUGCCUUACAAGCAGAAGCUGGCAAAGAGUCUGCAAAACAGAUUUCAUGGAUUAAAGACAAGCUGCUACAUAUAUAUUACCAAAACAGUAUUGAUGAUCGAUUACUUGUAGAACGGAUCUUUGCUCAGUUCAUGGUGCCACACAACCUGGAAACUACAGAGCGAAUGAAGUGCUUGUAUUAUCUAUAUGCUACAUUGGAUUUAAAUGCUGUUAAGGCUUUAAAUGAAAUGUGGAAGUGUCAGAACAUGUUGAGACAUCAUGUCAAGGAUUUGCUGGACCUAAUCAAGAAGCCAAAGUCAGAAGCCGGCAGUAAAGCAAUAUUUUCAAAAGUAAUGGUUAUUACACGAAACUUGCCAGAUCCCGGUAAAGGUCAAGAUUUUUUAAAGAAGUUUACACAAGUUCUAGAAGAGGAUGAGAAAAUCAGAGGUCAACUGGAGAAGCUUGUCAGCCCUACAUGUUCGUGCAAGCAGGCAGAAGUCUGUGUGCGUGAUAUUACAAAGAAACUGGGCAAUCCAAAGCAACCAACCAACCCAUUUCUAGAAAUGAUAAAAUUCCUUUUGGAGAGAAUUGCUCCAGUCCAUAUUGACACAGAAUCUAUCAGUUCCCUCAUUAAAUUAGUGAACAAGUCUAUAGAUGGAACGGCGGAUGAUGAAGAUGAAGGUGUGCCCACAGAUGAAGCAAUCCGCGCAGGCCUUGAGUUACUAAAGGUACUUUCUUUCACGCAUCCCAUUUCUUUUCAUUCUGCUGAAACAUUUGAAUCCCUUUUGGCUUGUCUGAAGAUGGAUGAUGAAAAAGUAGCCGAAGCAGCUCUGCAAAUUUUUAAGAACACCGGAAACAAAAUUGAGGAGGAUUUCCCUCACAUCAGAUCAGCUUUGCUUCCAGUCUUACAACAAAAAGCUAAAAAAGGACCACCCCGUCAAGCCAAGUACUCCAUUCACUGUAUACAUUCAAUAUUCUCCAGUAAAGAAACACAGUUUGCCCAGAUAUUUGAGCCGUUACAUAAAAGCUUGGAUCCCAGCAAUCCGGAGAACCUCAUUACAUCACUUGUGUCCAUUGGCCAUAUAGCACAGCUUUCACCAGAUCAAUUUUCUGGCCCUUUAAAAUCAUUGGUAGCAACAUUUGUGGUGAAGGACUUAUUGAUGACUGACAGAUCGCCAGGUAGAAAGACAACCAAACUCUGGGUGCCAGAUGAUGAAGUAUCGCAAGAAACCUUGGUGAAAAUUCAAGCAAUUAAGAUGAUGGUGCGAUGGUUGUUAGGAAUGAAGAAUAACCACAGUAAAUCUGGGAACUCGACAUUACGACUUCUCACAGCAAUAUUGCACACUGAUGGUGAUUUAACAGAACAUGGAAAAUUAAGUAAACCGGAUAUGUCACGUCUGAGGCUUGCUGCAGGGAGUGCGAUCGUAAAAUUAGCACAGGAACCAUGUUACCAUGAAAUAAUCACGUUAGAACAAUAUCAGCUCUGUGCAUUGGUUGUCAAUGAUGAGUGUUACCAGGUCAGGCAGUUAUUUGCACAAAAACUCCACAAAGGACUGGCCAGAUUGCGGCUUCCGCUUGAAUAUAUGGCCAUCUGUGCACUGUGUGCCAAAGAUCCAGUGAAAGAAAGGCGAGCACAUGCCAGACAGUGCCUAGUCAAAAACAUCAACGUCAGAAGAGAGUACCUGAAGCAGCAUGCUGCAGUAAGUGAGAAACUACUUUCUAUUCUGCCAGAAUAUGUUGUUCCUUAUACAAUCCAUUUGCUUGCACAUGACCCAGAUUAUGUCAAAGUACAAGAUAUAGAACAACUGAAAGACAUAAAGGAGUGCCUCUGGUUCAUUCUGGAGAUUUUAAUGUCAAAAAAUGAAAAUAACAGUCAUGCGUUUAUCAGAAAAAUGGUGGAAAAUAUUAAGCAAACAAAAGAUGCACAAUCACCAGAUGACCCCAAGAUAAAUGAGAAACUAUACACAGUGUGUGAUAUUGCGAUGAAUAUAAUUAUAUCCAAGAGUACUACUUACAGUUUAGAGUCGCCAAAGGAUCCAGUCUUACCAGCACGUUACUUUACACAGCCUGAUAAGAAUUUCAGCAACACCAAAAAUUAUCUUCCAGCAGAAAUGAAAGCAUUUUUCACUCCGGGAAAGCCGAAAUCAGCAAAUGUUCUUGGAGCUGUCAACAAGCCAUUAUCAUCAGCAGGAAAGCAGAUGCAGACAAAAUCUUCUAGAAUGGAGACUGUAAGCAAUGCCAGCAGCGGAUCCAAUCCAAGCUCCCCGGGAAGAAUUAAAGGAAGGCUUGAAAGUGUGGAAUUGGAUCCGAGUGAAAAUGAUGAUUACACCAUGAUGUCAUCACCAUUGUCUGGAAAGAAAGGCGAUAAAAGAGAUGACUCUGAUAUUCUGAGGACUGACCUUGAAAAACCCAAGGGGCGCAAGAAACAGUCUCUGAUUGAUCAAGAGGAUAAUAUAAGCAUAGAAGAAUUGUCAAAAUCAGUUCAGGAACCAAAAUCCAGAGGAGGACGAGGAAGGAAAAGAGUUGCAACUGUCUCGGAGUCAGAUGAUCAACAGUGGCCUGACAAACGAUUAAAGGAGGACUUGCUUGAGAAUGAGGAUGAGCAAAACAGUCCGCCCAAAAAAGCAAGAAGGGGACGACCUCCAAAGUCUGCAAAAGGCAUCGCGGCAAAAGAAGAACUAGCUGCAAAAACGCCGAAAAGAGGUAGGAAAAAAGCACCUGCUGUAGACAGUCCCCCUGAAGAAGAGGAUGAACCACUUGAAAUGAGUGAAGAACCUGAAGUUGAAACUGUAGAACCUAAAAGGAGAGGAAGAGGAGCAUCAAAAACCCCAAAGAAAACCCCACAAAAAUCUGAGCAGCCUGAUCCUGUCCUUGAUACGCCUCAAUCUACCCCACAGAAGAGAAGGGGACGGCCGCCCAAAAAUGCUGCUUCACAAGAGAAAAAAAGUGUUGGACGGCCACGGAAGGCAGUGAGUAGAGAAGUGGAAUCAUCCGAUGAGAUGGAUGUGUCCCAGAAUAGCCCAGCCAAUAGUGAUAAUUUGAGAGAUGAGGAAUCUGAAGAGGAGGAGGAAGAAGUCAGUACAGUUGCUGUACGACGUCGACCCGCGAAAAAACGGUGAAUAACUGCUGUAUAAAGCAAAGGAAAAAUCCAAGACAAAGAAGCGGCUUGUUAGAUGGAGUCUGGAUGAGGCUGCUUGCAUACAGGAUGGGGCUCGCGGAAUGACAACUUGCAUAUACCUUUCAUUUCAUACCCCUGCAUUUGCAGCCACGGUCUUUUAUCAUUAGCUUUGGGUAUUUGUGUGAUAAUGUGAGCUGGACUUGUAGACAUAAAACUGUAAAUAGCUUAUUUUUUUUUUUUUCCUGUUUAUUUUUUAUCCCUCAUAAAGUGAUUGUAUAGCUUUCAUUUUGCAGCUUUAAACUGACAUUAACUGAAUGGGUUCUCCAAUAUGACAGAGUAAAAGAAACACAAAAGGCUUUUUACAAUGGAAUUUUAAGCAAUAUCUGCAUUUGUUUGUGCUGUAUUCUCAUUGGCAUUUUGCUGUGGAAAAAAAAAAUCAUAAAGUACUGUCAAUUAUUUUUCUUCCUUCCUUUUCAUGGUUGUAAAGUCAGUCUUGCUACAAUUUCUUUAUACCUGCAUUUACUUCUGGGAAGCAUAUUGUCCUCCGUGGUGCUCAGGUGACUCUGCAUUCCUUAAACAAAGUGUUCAUUAGGAUUACAAAACACUGCAGAACUUGUUCAAAAGUCGUGUCAUUCUACACCUCAGUAUUGGUGGCGGUCAUCCCCGACUGUCUCGUGGCAUUUCAAAUUGUAUGAAAGAUGUUUUAAGCUUAUUUUAAUUUUUAAAGUGUUCGAGCUAUGAAAUAAUGUAUUAAAGACGCUACCUAUUUUAGUUUUUCUUUUGCCUUUACAGUAACUUAAUACUCAACCCUCACCCUUUCGGCAUAUGUUUUGCAUUGACCUAUUUAUUUAAACGCAUUUUCCGAGGUCUUGAGUCCUGCAGAAUCUGCGUACCCGCCAGGCCAGGUGUGCUAGCACUUUGGCUCAUUUUCGAAAAUGUAUCUGUUCUAAAAAGUGGUCAUUAUUUUGGUUGUUGAUUAUAUAUGGAGGUGUUAACAAUAGUAAACUUUUUUUAAAACUUUUUAUUAUUGCCAUGUAAAACAUAUGAUUUAAACGAUGACGCAAUGUCUGGAAAGCUGUGCUAGAAUUACAGGUCUGUGAAUUUUUUUAUUUUUUUUAUGAGAUUGCAUGCCUGUGAUUAAUGGGAGUGUCAUUUUUAUGGAAUUAUAUAUAUUUUUUUCUUUCUAGAAAAUAUGGAUAAUGCAAAAGCUGCCUCCCAUUCCCGUGUUUCUGUGCCAACUGAACUUACAUUGAGACUUGUAGAAAAUAAAAUAUUGUUAAAUGCAAAAUGGCAUAAUUACUUUUCUGUAAAAUCAGAAAAGUAGCUCCCAAUGUAUUUUUUUUCUAAUGCAUUUCCCGUGGGUAGCUAGGAUCUAGUAUUUGCCUGUAAUACUGUCCCUCUUUUUUUCAUCAUGGCAUCUUAACAGCACUGUAUAUAUUUAAAUGUAUCUGAUAUAAACUGUUGCUUUUCAA